GGCAAUCUGGUAAUUCCACCCUCACUUCCUAACAGACACACAGCUCCACUCUGCCAAGAGGAAGAAAGAAAAACAGAACAAACUCCCAUCCCAUCAUUUCGCUGUUCCUCGUCGUUCCUUGUCCUUGUUUCUCUUCUCGCUCUCAACGCAACCACCCAACACCCACUUCCGGAUGCAUUAGACAAGACAACAAUGGAGGAUUCCGAGAAAUUGACGGCGUUGAAGAAGGCCUACGCCGAUAUCAUUCUGAACACGGCGAAGGAGGCGGCGGCGCGUAUCAUGGUGUCGGAGCGGAAAGCCACGCGCUUUCAGCAGGAGCUUGUUUCCUCCAAGGAUGAGGCGCUUCGGAUGCUUCUCAGGCUCAAACAAAUGUUCGAUUCUAAGGUCAGUGAAGCAGAACUGGUUUCAUUGAAUCAGCAGAAGAAGAUUGAGGAGCUUGAAGCUCAGCUCCAGGAAGCUGAGGAAAUAGUUAGAGACCUAAGGGCAGAGUUGAGAGAAACCCAGGCUGAGCUGGAGAAUGUGACAAAACAACAAAUGCAUCCCCCGGUUGAACAAAACAUAGAGGGUGAAGUUGCAGCUCAGGAGAAUUUUCUGCAAGAAAAUAGACUCAAUCCUUGUGAUGGAUCUAUAUAUUCUGCACCUGGUUUACAAUUUGAAUCUGUCUCUAUUUCUGACACUAGGAAUCCAACUGUAAAUGGAUCAAAUGAUGGCAGCAAGUUAUGUGGCUCACAUGAUCAUACUAACAACUGCUACAUUCAUAACCCAGAUUUUGCAUCCAUAGUCAUUAGGAGGAAAGAGCCCAAGCUCUACAGAAAUGGAUGCACCCAGAGAAUACAUGCAUUUGAAAGGAGCCUUUUUGAUGGAAAUAUGUCUGUUUCAGGAAACUUAGAUAAUGUGCAGGAUGAAACUUUAGCGAGUGCACAUGAAGAAGGUAAAGCAAUGACUGUAUCAACUAAUGGCAAAGCUGAUAUUAUAUGUGAAAAGGAGAAACAAGAUGAACUUAAAGUGGUGAAAGAAGAUGUUGACCUUGUCAAAGUUCCAGUCGUUAGAAAAAAGAGAAAAUUUGGGAAAAGGAAGGCUUUUAAAUCUAGAUUACAUUCUAACCAUGUUAAGGAAACACAUAAAGAAUCACAUCUGCCUUGUGCAAAAGAUUUUCCAUAUGUAUUGGACAACGAUGACCCCUUAAGGGCGAGUUCUUCUAUUGCAUACGGAAAUGAAGUUCAGAAGGAUCUGAUGUCUCCUUUUGCUGAUCUUCCCUCAGACACAACUGCAUCAAAUGACCAAUCAGGAUCUCAUAGCAAUACUGAAAAUGGGGAAGUAUUUGUUAAAGCUUGCAGUGCUCAGAACAAAACUAAAGAUGACAACGAACAGUUGGAUAAAUCAGAUUUAACGAGACAAGAAAGUUUGUCCACAGGAAGUUUGGAGGUUCCGGCUUGUAAAGAUGUUGAAGCAUCUAAUGGAUCACUGGAUAAAAUGGAUCCAAAAGUAUCCGAUUUAGAUGAGAAGGUUUCUAAUCGAUUUACAAAUGAUAAGUUUCUGAAGUACACAUUCCGGAGAAAGCGUAAGAAGGAUUCUGUUAGCUGCAAUGAUGUAGAUUGUUCUCAAGAUAAUAACAGUUCAAAGAAAAAGUGCGGAGAGAAGCAAGAUGGACAUGUGGAGCCUCAUAAGUCUUGCACAAUGACAGAAUCAUCUCGGGACAGUCGACGACUAGCACAGGUUGCUCGUCAGCUAAUAUCUUUGUCUGAGAAAAAAUGGUGGCAGUAGAUCCGUUGAUGAGUUGGUUGGAUGGGAAGAGACUCAAAGCACAAUCCAAUAAGCUAUUGUUUCGGAGGUGGCGUUUUUAAGGAUGCUUUACGUUGGUUGAGCUGUGGAAUGUGUUAAUAUUAUUAUAUUAUUACUAUAUAUCAACUUCCCUUUCAUCCUUACCUUAGAAAUUGCUAGCAUUAUAUUAUUCUAUAAAACAUAACUAUAUAUGCAUGCUAUUGCUACCCUUUUCUAGGGGUCCUGUUUGCAAUACAAAUUUUGCUGAUGAUAUAUUUUAUAUUCGCGUUAA